AUACCCUCUCUGUUGUCCGUCUACCAACUCCAUCUUCUGAUCGAUUUCGGAAGUUGUAUACUUACACACCUACCUAAGGAUACGGAACAAGUUUCAAAUACAUUAUAAAAAGGGAAAAUAAGUGGCAAGAUGAGGCAGACAGGCUUUUUUCACCACAUCGGCACAUUUCUGUUGUUCGCAGCCACUGUGCUGUUAAUCAUCACCGAUAUCUCAGCACCUGUCGUCAAUAGCAUUUCGCUACUACGGGUCAACCUCGACAAUGGCGGAACAUCUACCAACCGCCACCCCAGUGUGAACUUUGGAACCUUUGGCUGGUGUGUGCGAGAUACCAUGGCAUCCGGCGAGGACAAUUGCAGCCGCUCUCAAGUCGGCUACGACCCAACCUCCAUCCUUGAGGAGAACAUGAAUGGCAUCGAAUUCUCAGACUAUGCCGAGGACUCAACGCGCGCGCUCACACACGUUAUGAUUCUGCAUCCGAUUGCGACAGGGCUGGCCUUCAUCUCGUUCCUGUUGGCACUCGGCGCUGGUGUCGUCGGCAGCUUGCUCGCAUCCUUAGGCGCAUUAUUGACAUUCCUCGUCACACUGGUUGCUCUCAUAUGCGACUUUGUCGCCUUCAGCAUCAUUAUGUCCGCCGUCCAUGACCUGGGUGAUGACAGUCGGGCUACUUGGGGUGCUGCUUCGUGGACCACGCUUGCCUCUGCAAUUUGCAGCCUGUUGGCCACCAUCGUCGUUUUCUUCACAUGCUGCAGCGCUAGAAUGCACCGUCGACGAAACCCGCAGGCUACCAAGGAUAUUCCCGAGGGGUAUGCCGCGACGCCCUCUCGCAGGAGACGCUUCUGGCAGAGACGUUGAGCAAGCGACCUAGAUACAACGACACUUGUGCCUAGCCAGGCUCAUAACAUAUUACUACGAAAUAACGAGCUCGAAUCCGACACUAAUGCAUGAACAUACAACGAAACGAAACAAUCCAGAGUGGCAGCCUUGUGGGUUCACGACGGAUCAGUUUCUAGGGGGUGGGGUUUGCGGUUUUAGGGGUUAGCGACGGUGUGUUUUUCUACUUGACGGACUCGGUUGGUCUGUUACAAUUACCUAUUAACCUAGGUAUAUAUACCCUUCAUAAGUACUUAAUUAUUCAUGCUUUAUACCUGGAUCAUACGCGCGCCCAUUGUAUAUGCCGGUAAUUCACGAUAUUUUACAUACCAUACUGUCAUUUAUAUGAUUUAUUACCUACCUAUAUAAAAUAAAUAAAGCGCGAUGGAUUUGAAACCGUCACCUUGCAAAC